UUGAACAUGGUGGCAUUUCCAUUGUUUGCUCUCUUUUGCACCCGUCUGUGCUUGGGGAUAAUGGCCGAGACGACUAAAGGGACAUUGUCCACAUCUGUCCGUGAAGACAGAGGUUUUGUAUCAGCUAAAACAGGGGAGAACUUGACUUUGCCAUGUUUCUAUGAAGGCAUUGUUGCUGCAAGGCUUUACUGGUAUAAGCAAACUGUUGGGCAGAAACCAAAUCUCAUCUCUACAUUCUAUAUGUAUAACAAAAACAUAGAUUUCUAUGGUGAAUUUAAGAACAAUUCACGCUUCACACUGAAUGCUGAAAAAGGGAAAGGUAAAAACCACUUGACCAUCACAGACUUGCGCGUAUCAGACUCCGGUACUUAUUUCUGCAUAAAUUGCUAUCUAUACACGUUAGAAAUUUCCCAGAGCACUCUAGUCAAUGUUAAGGGUUCAGAUCUGACAGCUUUAGUCCAUCAGUCAGCAUCUGAGACUGUCCAGUCAGGAGGCUUUGUGACUCUGAACUGUACAGUUCUCACUGGCAGCUGUGAUGGAGAACACAGUGUUUACUGGUUCAAACACUCUGAGGACUCUCCAGGACUCAUUUAUACCCGUGGAGGCAGGAAUGAUCAGUGUGAGAGGAAACCCAACACACAAACACAAACCUGUGAAUACAACCUGCCAAUGGAGAGCCUGAAUCCUUCUCAUGCUGGGACCUACUACUGUGCUGUCGCCUCAUGUGGACACAUACUGUUUGGAAACGGGACCAAGCUGGACUUUGAGGCUGGCGUGGACUCUGGUUUCUUGGUUCAUUUCUCCAGUAUAGCUUUGACAUUCACCACCAUCCUCAGUGUUUUACUGGCUUUCUUAGUGUGCAUGAUGAACAAGAAAAACAGCUGCCAAUCCACAGUUCCGUCCACAGCAGAAGCCGAGGAGUACCAACGUGGAGAAAAUAUCUACUAUGCUGCUUUAGGUGUGAACAUGAAAAACAGAUCAAGAAGGCAGAGGGAUCCAACCUGGAGUGAAUGUGUGUAUUACAGCGUAAAGCAGUAGAACCUGACAUGGUGCAAUUUGUACUUUUGAGUAAAACAUGUGUUUUUGUUUUCUCUUCCUUGUGGUCCGCAGCUAAAAAAAAUCUAUUCUUUGUUGAUGUACAUUUUAGCAUAGUAUUUUUCCACUUUGUGGUCGAAGCAGGAUAUGUCCGCAACGUUCUUUCAAAUAAACCAUAUAUCUAAAGAUAUAUGCUUUUUUUUAGUACUUGUGAAUACAUGUAUGACUUAACCUGUAGCCUAUAUUUAGAAGCUAGGAUGCUGUAUCAUCUGAUCAUCGAUGCUGAUCAUCUUAUUAUUUGUAUUAUCAUUGUUUUUUACCAAA